AUGGAAAUUUUAGGUUAUUCUCAUUGCGAAAAGCAUCAAGUAAUGUAUAAAUGGAAAGUUAAUGAAAUAACAUCAUUAAUCGAAUGUUCUAAAAAAAAUCACGAACUUGUAAAACUUAAGUCAUUUCAAUUUAGAGUAAAUGCCAAGACUGAAAAUUUAUGGUAUUUACUCCUACGAAUUAUGAAUGACGGAAAAUCAGGACAGAAGGAAUGGAUAUCAUUAUACUUGGGUGGAAAUAUUGUGGAGAGUAAAAUAAGAAUAAAAUAUUCACUGUUUAUUUUAGACAACAAAGAUGAAAGGCAAUUUAUUCAUACUUAUUAUAGCACUCGCAGUAAAUCUAGUGAUCGAGGAUGUUCACAGUUUCUUGAAAUAAAACAGCUGCUAGAAAACGAAAAUGAUUUUUUAACAAAUGAUACAUUAACUAUAUGUGUUGAACUAACUGUUUAUGACGAUUAUAAAUCAUUUCCUGCUGAAUUUCAGUUGCAAUCACCAAAGCGUCAGAGAACUGAUGAUCUUAGGGAACUAUAUGAUAGCAAAACAAACAGUGAUGUAAUUUUAGCUGUCGGUGAUAAAAUAUUUAAAGCUCACAAGCUCAUACUGUCAGCUCGCAGUCCUGUAUUUUUCGCAAUGUUCACUCAUGAAAUGAAAGAAAAGAAGGAAAAUACUGUAACUAUUUCUGACAUAGAUCCGGAAAUAUUUGAAAAAAUUUUAAAAUUUAUAUAUACUGAUAAUAUUGAUGAUUUAGAUGCAGAUGCUGAGUGUUUAUUGGAAUUAGCUGAUAAAUAUCAAUUGCUGGAACUAAAAAGAUUAUGCGAAGAAUCGUUAUCUAAGUCAGUCAGUAUUGAUAAUGCAAUUCAAUUGAUGAUUUUGGCAGAUUUGCAUAAUGCUGAUAAAUUACUGGAGUUUAUAUUUGAAUUUAUAAUAAGAAAUUUCAAAGAUGUUGUUAAAACCCCAGAGUAUGAAUUACAUUUACACUUAGACAUUUUAUUACCAUUGAAAGAUGGCGCUAAUAUUGAUUAG